UAGUAAUUGUCAACAUAAGAAGUAGUCUACAUUUGUACGUGCCCUUAUGAUUCAGUCAUCAAGCCUCGUUGUCAACCGUCUAUCACACAACACAUUCCAAAAGACAAUGAACUAAAUUAAACGACACAGCGCGUGCACAGUUCAAAGGUUAAUGUGUUACAGAACAAUGUUACCUGGUCGAUUGUUAGAGACGCACUUUGUCCAACAAGUGGUGGACAGUAGUUGUCCUUCUUGAGACACACCUGUCAUUACCUCUAUUGCACUGCAUUGAUUGCUCAAGUCAAUUGACAUCCAUUGGCUCCUAUCAGUCACUGUGACAUGCAGCAAAUACAUAUUUACUUCCCUUUUCUUGACUUCGGUUAUAAAAAGAACUCAGGUUCCUAACUAAACUUAUAACUUUUGACUCGGUUAAAACUUCUGCCAUGUGUCUAACGAAAAUGUCUGAUUAGCCUAUAUCAGAAAUAAAAAAUAAUAUUGUGCACACAAUUAUUAGUGCCUAAAGUUUCCGUGGCUGCUGAAACCAGGGAUCAUCAAGAAACUCAGCAAAAAUGAAGCUUUGCGUUCUCGCCAUAUGUUUCUGUUUGUUUGUAGCCAUCAGUGAAGUGAUGUGUGAGCCUCAGCAUGGCGGAUAUGGCGGCUACGGAGGACGAGGUGGUCACGGCCUCGGAGCUUACAGGGGCGGAGGAUACGGAGGUCGUGGUGGUCACGGACGCAUGGGCUACGGAGGGCGUGGCCGUCACGGGGGCGGAGGUCACGGGGGCGGAGGUCAUGGUGGUCGUGGAGGUCACGGGGGCGGAGGUCAUGGUGGUCGAGGAGGUCAUGGAGGCGGAGGCCACGGAGGACGAGGCGGCUACGGUGGGUAUGGUGGUCGAGGCGGUGGAGGCCACAUGGGUCGUGGGGGUUAUGGGGGCCGUGGGGGUUACGGUGGGCAUCAUGGUUAAAACGUAAUGAAAAACAAUUUAUUAGAUGUUUAAAUCGUUAAACGUUUAUAAAUAUGUACAUAAAAGUGUUGUUAAUAUUUUAAUACAAGCCUCAAUGUACACAGACCCAGGGCGUAUGUGAAAUUGACCCUUAAUGUAGCAUAUGUGGCUACAUAAAUAAGUCUCAAUGUGGCUAAUGUUAUAUAAGCAUCAAUGUGGCAUAUUUCAUAGUCUUAAUUUAACGUAAUUUUUUUAGAGUCUCGGUGUAGCUUAUGUUAUUAUAAAUUUAACAUAUUUAGAGAGUAACAGUUUAUUGUGCUUUAAAAGUUUAUGUUGAAACUUGUUUUAAAUUACAAUUGAAUUGAAAUAAUCUUUCGGUGAUGUCAUCAUUCACAUGCAUGUCAAUUUCGCAGGAACACUUGCCAUUCAACAUGCGAUCAUUAAAAAUAAAAAGAUAUAAU